AUGGCAGGACUUCUACACUUCACUCUGCUUUUGUUUCUACAUUGUGGAUCAUUUGUUUUUAUUUCCACUGUGGAUUCAGAUGCAGCUUUUACUCUGACAGGAAACAGCACUAAGGUUCCUACCACAGGAGUUUAUAGUAAGACAACAACUGAACCCCCCAAAACCACAGCAACGACUGACCAUCACACUGGAGGUAAAACAACAACAGACAGAGCAGCUACCAAAGAAGAAGAAGAAGAAGAAGAAGGUCCUUUGGAGUUAGAAUGUCCUCCGCUGGGUCUGGAGUCACUGAGGGUCAAAGACGCUCAGCUGAAGGCCUCAUCCUACAAGCGCAGGGGUCUGGGUCCUCAUCGAGGUCGACUCAACAUCCAGUCAGGGAUCGAGGAUGGAGAUAUCUAUGAUGGAGCCUGGUGUGCUCAGUAUAGAGACAAGAAUCAGUGGCUGGAGGUCGACGCUCAGCGGCCGACUCGCUUCACUGGAGUCAUUCUGCAGGGUCGCAACUCUAUCUGGAGUUGGGACGUGGUGCAUUCCUACAAAGUGCAGUUCAGUAACGACUCGGUGGUCUGGAAGCCGUGUAUGAACGGGACCGAAGAGGCUGUGUUUGACGGGAACCCGGAUAAUUCAGAGAUACCUGUCCUCUCCCUUUUCAACACUUCCACAGUAGCUCGUUACAUUCGCAUCAACCCACAGAGCUGGUACGAGAACGGGACACAGGGUGAUAUCUGCCUGAGAGCAGAGGUGUUGGGCUGCACAGUCCCAGAUCCUAAUAAUAUCUACCCUUGGCAGACAGAGCAGCCAGAGUCCACAGACAAACUGGAUUUCAGACACCACAACUACAAGGAGAUGAGAAAGUUGAUGAAAUCGGUGAACGAGGCGUGUCCUGACAUCACUCGCAUCUACAGCAUCGGGAAGAGCUACAAAGGUCUGAAGCUCUACGUCAUGGAGAUCUCUGAUAACCCGGGAAAACACGAACUGGGAGAACCAGAGUUUCGGUACGUCGGAGGGAUGCAUGGGAACGAGGUGCUGGGCAAGGAGAUCCUGCUCAAUCUGAUGCAGUACAUGUGCCAAGAGUACAAAGAAGGCAACCAGCGCAUCGUCCAUCUGAUUAAAGAGACACGUAUCCACCUUCUGCCCUGCAUGAACCCUGAUGGAUAUGAGCUGGCCUUUAAAAAGGGCUCGGAGAUGGCAGGUUGGGCCACUGGACGUUACACCUAUGAAGGCAUUGACAUGAACCACAAUUUUGCUGACCUCAAUUCAGGGAUGUGGACCGCCAUCGAGCUGGAGACGGACCGCUCCAAACUCAUCAACCACUACUUUCCCAUCCCUGAGCAGUACACCUCAGAGGAUGCCUUUGUGGCGCCAGAAACUCGAGCUGUCAUCAGCUGGAUGCAGAACAUCCCGUUUGUUUUAGGCGCCAACCUCCACGGUGGCGAGCUGGUGGUCACUUACCCAUACGACAUGACUCGGGAUUGGGCUCCUCGCGAACACACCCCCACUCCUGAUGAGAGCUUCUUCCGCUGGUUGGCCACAGCGUACGCCAGCACCAAUCAGGUGAUGUCCAACCCAGACCGGCGGCCCUGCCACAACAAGGACUUCCUCAGAUACAACAACAUCAUCAAUGGAGCCGACUGGCACAACGUACCAGGAAGUAUGAAUGAUUUCAGUUACCUGCAUACCAACUGCUUCGAGAUAACGGUGGAGUUGUCCUGUGAUAAAUUUCCUCAUGCCAGCGAGCUUCCUACUGAGUGGGAGAACAACAAAGAGUCUCUGCUGAUUUACAUGGAGCAGGUCCACCGAGGAAUUAAAGGCGUAGUUCGGGAUAAAGACACAGAAGCUGGUAUCCCCGACGCCAUCAUUAAGGUGGAUGAUAUUGAUCAUCAUAUCAGAUCAGUGACUGAUGGCGACUACUGGCGUCUGCUGAAUCCUGGUGAGUACCGGGUAACGGCCAGCGCACAGGGCUACUUCCCCUCCUCCCGUACCUGCUUCGUCAGGUACGACCACUUCCCCACCAUCUGUGACUUCCGCCUCACCAAAGUGCCCAAGCAGAGGCUAAAAGACAUCUUGGCGAGAGGGGGGAAACUCCCCAAAGACCUGCAGCUCCGACUUCGCCAGCUACGCCUCCGUAAACUCCGUGUCACCACCAAGGCCCUCAACCAGAGGCGUGCUGCUGCUGCCGCCAGAAAAACGAAGAGGGUGUGAUGAUGAUGAUGAUGAUGAUGUUGGAGGAUAAUCUGAGAACAAAGCAGGACUUAGUUCAGUUCACGCUGGAUUCAGAGACAGCUCGUCCUCACUGGAGUCAUGUCACUUUUUCUUCUUUAUUUUUUAAAGCUGUUAUUUAUCUGGGACAAGACAGCUGGGCACCAUGUGUGUUUUCAGCAACACACUGUUUUUACACCUGUAAACACACCUGAUUAAUGAACAGCUUCAUCAUCUGCUGUGGAGCAGCAGAGCAACUGAGGAAGCAGCUUACGGUUGCUGUUAAAAGACGGCAAUUUUCUUUAAUUGUCUUAUUGUCGACAAAUCUCAUGUGAAGAGCCAAACCAGCAAUGAAUUUAAUCUUCUUACAAGUAUUAUGUGUUAAUCCAAAGCUUGAUAUGUUAUUCCUCUGUGUGGUAGAUCUCCAUUCUUGUCCAAAAACUAUUAAAAACAAGUCAAUGAAAUUACAAUGUUCCUUCACCCACAGAAACGGCUCCAAAGAAUAAUAACAGCAAUCGCGUUUUUCUUCUGCGUCUCCUGUAAGACAGAUACUACAACUUCAGUAUUAACACUUAGUGCACCAAUGUGGCUCAUUAAGGUGAUUGUAAUAGUUUUGGGACAACAACAGAGAUCUAUCACAAAGAUGAAUAUGAUAUCAGGCUUUGGAUACACACACAGCCAUUUAAAUAUAUAUAUAUAAAAAGUCAUAUUACAUGUCUUCUCCAUGUUUCAGAUUUGAUUGUUCUAUCACCAAGAUUACAUGUUCAGUUUAUGCAAAUACAA